UCCGCGCCCCCCCGCUCCCCGAGCGGGGCUGGGGCUGGGGCCGGGGCCUGCCCCUGCCCGCGCCCCUCUUCCGGCCAUUGCCCGCCUUCCCUUCGUCCCGGUCACGCACGGCCCCCGGCCGGAGAGCGCCGCGCCGCGCUGGGUUUUGUUCCCAACUCCGCCUCGGCCCUUCUUUCACAUACCCUUCUCCAGUCCCCUCCCUUGCCCCUGCUUUAGCCGGCAGUCCCCUCCCUCGGCCGUGUUCAUUUCAUACCAACUCUCAUUCCUCGCAUUCCUCACUUCCUCCUUUCAAACUCCAAGGGAAAUAAAAAUCCUCCCUUUUCCUCUCAAACUCCUGCCCAGCCACCGCCGCCCCCUCCCCGCCGCCGGCCAGGCUCGCCGUCCCGGCUCGCCGUCCCGCCUGCAGCUCCACGCUCUUCAGAAAGUCCUGGAGCAGAAGGAGGAUUUGAAGCGGGUCCCCGGUGCUUCUACGGAAGGACAGUUGCUCUUGUCUCGCUCAGGUUCUGAGUCUGCUUCUCCACGUGGCACUUUGGAGUUUCUAGCUGGCACCAUUACCUCCAACGAGUGGAGUUCUCCCACCUCCCCUGAGGGGAGCAACGACUCAGGGAGCAGUGAGGCCUUGGAAAAACCCAUUGACAAUGAUGCUGAGGGUGUGUGGAGUCCGGACAUUGAGCAGAGCUUCCAGGAAGCGCUAGCCAUCUACCCACCAUGUGGACGACGGAAGAUUAUCUUGUCAGAUGAAGGCAAGAUGUACGGACGAAAUGAACUGAUUGCCCGCUAUAUUAAGCUGAGAACAGGGAAAACACGCACAAGGAAACAGGUAUCUAGUCACAUCCAGGUCCUGGCAAGGCGGAAAGCUAGAGAGAUCCAAGCCAAGCUCAAGGACCAGGCAGCUAAAGAUAAAGCUAUGCAGAGUAUGGCUACAAUGUCAUCUGCCCAGAUUAUCUCUGCAACUGCCUUCCAUAGUAAAAUGACCUUGCCUGGUCUCCCACAACCAGCCUACCCUGCUGUUUCUGGGUUUUGGCAAGGAGCUUUGCCAGGCCAAGCUGGACCUUCCCAAGACGUGAAACCUUUUUCCCAACAACCUUAUACUGUACAGCCUCCACUGCCAUUACCAGGGUUUGAGUCUCCUACUGGCCUCUCACCUUCCCCAUCAGCACCAGCUUGGCAAGGACGAAGGGUUGCUAGCUCCAAACUUUGGAUGCUAGAGUUCUCUGCAUUCUUGGAACAACAACAAGACCAAGACACAUAUAACAAACACUUGUUUGUGCACAUUGGGCAGUCAAGCCCCAGCUACAAUGACCCCUACCUCGAGGCAGUGGAUAUCCGUCAGAUCUAUGACAAGUUCCCUGAGAAAAAAGGAGGCCUAAAGGAGCUCUUUGAAAGGGGGCCAGCUAAUGCUUUCUUCCUUGUCAAAUUCUGGGCUGAUUUGAACACCAAUAUUGAAGAUGAAUCCAGGUCUUUCUAUGGCGUUUCCAGCCAAUAUGAGAGCCCAGAAAACAUGGUCAUUACCUGUUCCACCAAAGUAUGUUCAUUUGGAAAGCAAGUGGUAGAGAAAGUGGAGACAGAGUAUGCACACUAUGAAAAUGGACACUAUUCUUAUCGCAUUCACCGUUCCCCUCUCUGUGAAUACAUGAUAAACUUCAUUCAUAAACUCAAGCACCUUCCUGAGAAGUAUAUGAUGAACAGUGUUCUGGAGAACUUUACUAUCUUACAGGUUGUGACAAACAGGGACACACAGGAGACCUUGCUGUGCAUAGCAUAUGUUUUUGAGGUGUCAACUAGUGACCACGGUGCCCAGCAUCACAUCUACCGGCUGGUGAAAGACUAGAGACUCUGUGCCCUGAGUCAUCCAUGGGAUGCCUAUCUAAGAAAAAAGCCUGUGCUUGAGCAACCCCUGCCCCCUUAUACCAAACUGAAAAAUAAACUGCAGAUACUGUGUAUUUUCAGAAAA